CGAUUAAAUUUCCUUCCAAAAAAGAUAAUGUUACUAUCUAUGAAGGACACCAAUACCCACGUGGUGGAACAGUGUGGAUUAAUACAAACAUUCCCUUUUAAUAAAUGAGGAUAAUUCGCAGCAAAAUUAUCACUCCCAUUUUUACGCUUCAAUCAUAGCGUUCGCAUAACAUUUACCACCAUAUCUGCUCGCGUGAUGUCAUCCUAUGAAGCUCAGUUUAAACCACUAUAUUGAAAAGUAUGAUUAUGCUACCCCACCGACGGUAUAGGCUAUACUAGUUGAUGACGCAACCAAACGAUAGCGUUGAUAACGGUCAGAUUCAUAAAAUAAAUUUGUGGCCGUUGCUCAAGUGACACUGUCGUUCCGUUGCUGCCACAAGUGUUUCGCUACUUUCCGUGUGCUCCGGUCGUCUUCAGACUAUGGAUUUCUAUCAUACUACGCUGUCGGCUCCGUGCCAGUCCGUUCGUUUAAUAGCUAAAGCCCUCGGUCUUCAUUUGAAUCUGAAGGAGAUUGAUCUACAGAAAGGAGAGCAUCUGAAACCAGAAUUCGUGAAGAUUAACCCACAACACGUCGUCCCGACCCUUGUCGAUAAUGACUUUGUGCUGUGGGAAUCGCGAGCGAUCUCAACGUACCUGUGCGAAAAGUAUGGCAAAAACGAUGGUCUCUAUCCAAAGGAUCCGAAAAAGCGCGCCUUAGUGAACCAGCGUUUGUACUUCGACAUGGGAACACUGUAUCAACGAUUCUCGAAAGCUUUCUACCCGGUCAUGAUGGAGGGCAAAGAACUGAAUCCCGAUGAUGUUGCAAAGCUAGACGAGGCACUCGAGUUUUUGGAAGUUUUCCUCGACAAGACCGCCUUCGCUGCGGGUGAUAAGCUAACGGUGGCCGACUUGAGCUUACUGGCAAGCGUCACAACCAUCGAAGUGACUGCUGGGCAUGACCUUAGCAAGUACCCAAACAUUCAACGUUGGUACCAACCGCUGAAGGAAUCCGUGGUCGGAUACCAUGAAAUUUGCGUUGAAGGUGCCAACAUGUUCCGGGAAUCAUUCAGCCCCAUCCACAAGUAAUCGUUUAGCACAUAACGAUGGUUUCACAAUAAAAUUGGUGCAUCGGGAAUUAAUAUGUUCCACUGA